AUGCGGUUGGCGCCAUGCCAAAAUUUAAAUUUCAAUUGAAAAAAGGCGACUGAGUCGCUAAGCACCCAAUUGCAAAAACGGCGGGAAAACUUGAAUGAGCUCGGCCGUUUAGUCUUUGGAACCCCGUGGCAAACAAUCUGUUUGAUUUAUCAAACGGAUACGUUCUUUCACUUCUCAAUCACCCAACCUCAACUCCAAAUUCGUUUAGGUACGCCGAUAGAUCUCGAGACAGAAGAGGGAGUUGCUCUUGGGUGUUGUUUAUCUAACGAAAUCACGUUGUGCUCCGCUAUGAGCUGCCUCUGUGAUUCGUUGUCAUGGAUACUAACCAGUAGAGCCAAUCACCAUCCAACUUCUCCCCGCUUUAUGUAUAAAGAUAUAUCUCACAUAUACAUUAUAGUUAUAUGCCCAUUAUUACGUUUUUCUUGUUUUCAGAAUGGAUCACUCAGAGUUGGUCAGUCGUAUAGUUGAUGAAAUCAAGAACGAAGGUGCUGAAUUCAAUCUAGACGACCCUUUUGAUGAUCCUUCUCUCGUCACUAUGGUAUUCCUUUUUAAGCCUCUACUGAUAUUCUGACCACACUUCAGGCGUUCAUGGACAUUGCGUGGCAAGAUGAGCACGGGAACUCUGCACUCAUGCUGGCUGCAGCCGAGAAUCGUGUUCUCCAGGUCAAAGGAAUUCUCACAAUGGCUAUAAACGGAGGAAAGCUCUGGCAGGUUAGUAUAUAUGAAUAAAAAGAUUUCGCUCUGAUGAUCAAUUAUUAAUGUAGUGGAAUAGGACUAUUAACCAGAUUUCACAUUAUCGCGGUAACUGGCGAGAGACAUUUGAAAAUGAGUGCUAAUAGAAUCGUCUCAAUGUUAUAUAUCAUGAGCAUUUAGGUUAUUGAUAUGCGUAACAACGAAGGACUGAACUGCGUCGAAAUGGCCGUGCGUGCCGGAAGUGAAACGUGUGCAAUGUUGAUCACCAAAGUUGCCAGAGAAUACGCGAAGCUCAGAGUAAGGCAAAACCGAAACAGGGAUUUUAGAUUCAAUCAUUUUAUAGCCUCGACUUCCUAACGAUAAGAAGUACGAAACGAUGACAACCGAGGAGGAAGUGACGUCUUCAUUGGGCCAAAAAGCAGUCGAACAUCUCGAUGAGAGUUAUGUCAAAGAAGUUUGUACAUUUACUUCGCAUAGACUACUCAUUUCCAAAACCUACAGCUGGUGCGUCAGUCCUCAUCUGCUUCUGGCCAUGGUCUUUCCAUGAAACGUCUCAGUCGCGAAAAAAUCUCUAACAGUCUAGUUUCAAACAGAGGAAAUUCUGCCUCAACAGCUGGCCACGAGUACUUGAAGAUGGUUAAGCGAUCCAGGUCGGCUCACUCGAGGCUAAUGUCUCAGAGAACUUUCUCGGUGGAAUCGGAAUCUGUGGAUUCUUCCGAACCCACAACUCCCCAAUUGACGUUGCCUCCACAGGAUCAUGGGGUCUUUUCGUCUGUCGGAGAAAGGAUUCGCAGCAUCUUUAGCAGAAAGGUUGGUUUUAGGAGAUCAUGUCGUAUCAAUCUUGACUUUGGUUUGACAUAGUAGCUAGCAUUAGAGUGACAUAAUCAAGAACCCCGUUAAAAAAACUCUCGCGGAAGAAAAAUGUUUGCAGCCACCGACUGAGCGUGCUGCCCCACCGCCUGCUCGUUUCGUUCCCGUUUCCACAAAGUCUUCUGCAUAUCAGUCAACAAGCGUAUCUUAUGAGGUAUAUUAUUCAAUUCCGCGUAAAUUAUUAAAAUCACAUGUUCAGGAGAAUCACAUCCGUCUCCCACAACACUCUGCCUCGGAACCAUCAUCUUCCUCUCCGCCCGUGGAAAGUCCUAGUACGUCGUCUGGUGGAAUAUUCCGCGGUUCGAUGUGGUCUUCCAAGGAGAAGCCCAUCAGCACCAUCACUACUCCCAACGGUGUCCGUCUUCCUCCUCUCAGCCUCCGUCGUCGAGCCAGUAACGAUCACCGCAACCAAAACUUCUCCUCACUGGGUGACGAUGAUAAGUGA